AUGACGAGAAGGAAGGAGCCAGUGGGAAGUUUUCAAGUUCCAGACGAGAUCGAAAGAGAAAUUUUAUCAAGAUUGCCGGUCAAAAGUUUGAUCCGAUUCAAAAACGUUAAAAAAUCAUGGCGGAAUCUCAUUGAAGACUCUACUUUCAUCGCCAUGUAUUUGAAUAGUUACGGUAGAAAUACCGAUGGCUUUUUCGUUUAUGGAUGUUAUUCUUAUGGAAUCGAACUUUCGAAGUCGUUAUUUGACCAACCACGAAAAUUCAUAAUUGGUUCAAUCAAUGGAUUAGUUUGCUUAAGUAAUAAGAUGGGCUGCUUUCUUAAGAAAGAUGAUAGGCUGAGAAUACAUAUUUGCAAUCCUUCCACAAGAGAAAUUAUGGAGCUUCCGCAAUGUCAUCACAACCAUAAUGAUUUAAUUGUCGCCAUUGGUUUUGGGUUUUGUCAUAAAUCCAAUGACUAUAAAGUGGUAAAGAUUAGCUACCGUCGUGAUUCGCCUUCAUCGGAAGUUCAGGUUCAAGUUUAUAGUUUAAACAUGAAUUCUUGGAAAACGAUAAAAAUGAAAAUUCCAAGCUUGUUGGCUUUGUCGCCUUUGUAUCGAGGCAACGGGUGUUUCAAUGGAGCUUUUCAUUGGCAAGGACUGAAGAUGUCACCAUCCAAGAAAGUUAUCAAAACCAUCGUAUGGUUUCAAUUUGAGGAUGAGAUGUUUGGAGAGAUUAAUUUGCCUAAUGAUCCAGAUUUUGAAGGUGACGCCGAGUUUUUGAUUACGGAAUAUGGGAACUUCUUCUCAUGUUUAAUUCACGAACGAGGACAAAAUAUUGUGAAUGGUUAUAAAGUAUGGGCGAUGAAGGAAUAUGGUGUAUGGGAUAGUUGGGUUAAACAACUCAACAUUGAAGGAAAGCUUGGUUUCAUUGUCCCCAAAAAGGUGCCAUUAGAGUUGGUGAUUAGUGAUUUAUAG